CCUCGGUUUCCCCGCGCGGCGGGCGGGGCGGGGACAGCGCAGCCUCGGAGACGCCUGCAGGGGGCGCCCGUGAGCGGCGCGGCCGGAGCCGGAGCCGGAGCCGGAGCCGAGCGGCAGCCGAGACAGCGGAGCGGCGCGCAGCGGCAGGUGCUGGGGGAACCCUGACGCCGAGCUGAGCGAGAUGCCGCCGGAACCCCCGGGGGCGGCCUGGUUCCUGGAGACACCGCCGAGUCAGCCUCGCAGAAGCCCUUAGGGAGCCCCCCAGGCGCGCUCGGGGCUCCUGCGGGGGGUGGGGGCGGGGGGCGCGGGGCCUGGGCGCCGGCUGCGCUGCAGCGAUGGACCGUGAGCUGGCCCGGCCCGCGUGCUCGCCGCCCCCGUGCGCCCGCAGCCAUGUCCGGCAUGGACUCCUCGGUGUACAUCGUGGUGGAGCUGGCCAUCGCCGUGCUGGCCGUGCUGGGCAACGUGCUGGUGUGCUGGGCCGUGUGGCUCAACAGCAACCUGCAGAACGUCACCAACUUCUUCGUGGUGUCGCUGGCGGCGGCCGACAUCGCCGUGGGGGUCCUGGCCAUCCCCUUCGCCAUCACCAUCAGCAUCGGGUUCUGCGCCGCCUGCCACAGCUGCCUCUUCCUCGCCUGCUUCGUGCUGGUGCUCACACAGAGCUCCAUCUUCAGCCUCCUGGCCAUCGCCAUUGACCGUUACAUCGCCAUCCGCAUCCCCCUCCGGUACAACGGCCUGGUGACGGGCGCCAGGGCCAAGGGCAUCAUCGCCGUCUGCUGGGUGCUGUCCUUCGCCAUCGGCCUGACGCCCAUGCUGGGCUGGAACAGCUGCAGCUGGCCCCGCGACGACCGCAACCGCUCGCAGGUCUGCGGGGAGGGCCAGGUGGCCUGCCUCUUCGAGGACGUGGUGCCCAUGAACUACAUGGUCUACUACAACUUCUUCGCCUGCGUCCUGGUGCCCCUGCUGCUCAUGCUGGGCAUCUACCUGCGCAUCUUCCUGGCGGCGCGGCGGCAGCUGAAGCAGAUGGAGAGCCAGCCGCUGCCGGGCGGGCGCACGCGGUCCACGCUGCAGAAGGAGGUGCACGCCGCCAAGUCGCUGGCCAUCAUCGUGGGGCUCUUCGCCCUCUGCUGGCUGCCCCUGCACAUCGUCAACUGCUUCACCUUCUUCUGCCCCGGGUGCCAGCACGCCCCGCCCUGGCUCAUGUACCUGGCCAUCAUCCUCUCGCACUCCAACUCCGUGGUGAACCCCUUCAUCUACGCCUACCGCAUCCGCGAGUUCCGCCAGACCUUCCGCAAGAUCAUCCGCAGCCACAUCCUGAGGCGGCGGGAGCCCUUCAAGGCGGGCGGCCCCAGCGCCCGGGCCGGGGCGGCUCAGGGCAAUGACGGGGAGCAGAUCAGCCUGCGCCUCAACGGCCACCCCCCUGGGGUGCUGGCCAACGGCAGCGCCCCCCACCCGGAGCGGCGGCCCAACAGCUUGGCUCUGGGGCUGGUGAGUGGACGGGGUGCCUGCGGGUUCCCUGGGGACACGGGCCUCCCCGACGUGGAGCUCCUCAGCCACGAGCUCGGGGGGCCGUGCCCGGACUCCCCCGGCCUCGAGGGCCCCCUGGCCCGGGACGGAGCAGGCGUGUCCUGAGGAGCCACUGCGCUUGCCCUUCCCCCGGGAAGGGACUCUUGCUCUUCCUGGUGGGGGGGUGUGGCUGCGCCCAGACCUUCCCUCCCCGGGCUGGUUCCCCGUGGCCCAGGGGGUAGCCUGGCUGGCGCAGCCCGAGGCCCCGCAGGCGGGUUUGGAGUCCGAGAGCAGGUGUUUCACGCGGGGAGACCCUGUGCCGGCCAGGAGCGCAGCACCGGAGCGUCUUGGGUCUGGUCCCCACUCGAAGGGCCACCUCGUCUCUGCAGAGCAGGCCGCUGGCCCGGAGGCUGGGGCGUGGCUCCGAGGGGCCCUGCCUCCCCCGCUCCCCGGACUCUCCGAGGGUUUGGGAGCUGCUGUGCCUGGAAGUGGUGUUUGACUCUAUUUUCCAGGAGAAAAUUUUAAGCGUGAAGAUACCCCGUUUAUUUUAUUAUUGUCCCUCGCUGUCGUCAGUCCUGCUGCUCACCUGGCUCCAGGAGUCGGCCCGGGAGCCCUGGGCGGCUCUCCCCCCGGAUGGCCCAGAGCCAUCUCCUGGGGCGACGAAGCUGGGCCGAGGACGGGGCGUCGCGAUGGAGCUGGCAGGGGCUGGGGGAGGUCCGGGCCGGCCUGCGUGGGGGGCCGGGGAGGCUCCGCCAGCCCAGGUGGAGGCCCGCACUGCCUGUCCCUCCGAAGGGAAUGUCUUUUUCUGAGAUAAAAUAAACAUUGAGCCAGUUGUGUUUUA